CCUGCCGUCACCUGCAAGACAAGCAGCCAUGAGGGUUCUGAUCAUCGCACUGUUGGCCACUGCCGCCGUGGCAGAGCAGAAGCGGUCAGCUGAGCCUUCCUUUGGCUACGGCCACGGUAUCGGUCACAGCCACAGCCAUAGCCACAGCCACAGUCACAGCCACAUAAACGGAGGAGUGAUUCUCGGCCACGGCUUCGGCGGCAUCGGAGGCAUCGGAUUGGGCGGAAUCGGAGUCGGCGGAAUCGGAAUCGGCGGAAUCGGCGGUUACGGCUACGGCUACGGCUACCCAUCCUACGUGGGCGGUCACUCCGUGUGGAAGCGAGACGCCGACCCCGAGCCAGGCUACGGACACGGACACGUCGCCACGUCCUAUGUUGGCCCCAGGCUCCACGGUGGGUAUGGCUACGGAUACCCUGUAUACAGCCACGGAGGUUUCGGAGGCUUCGGUGGCCUCGGAGGCUUCGGAGGUUUCGGUGGCCUCGGUGGCUUCGGGUAUGGCGGCUACGGCUACGGCUACGGGAAAUGAUUUUUCGUUUGUAUUUGUCUAAUUUCUUUACGUAUGUUCGCAAUUGUAAUAAAAAUAUUUUGGUGCAUCA